GGGCGGAGAAGCCGGGGCGGGAGGCGGGAGGUGCCGGGCCCGUUUAAGCGGCCUCCCUCCCGCCCCCAGCCGCCCGGUCUGGCCCCGGCUCCGUCCCGACCCCCGGCCUGACCUACUCCGGCCCUGCCCCGCCGAGCGGUCCGCGGUGCACCCGGGCGGCCUCCGGAGCAACCCAAGCCCAUGAGGGCCGCGCGCCCGGCCGCCGGCGCAGACGAGACGGAGCUCCCGGCCCCCGAGGAGGAGCGGAGGAUCAAUGAGGUUCCAGAAUCGAUUCCAGCGGUUCAUGAACCACCGGGCCCCAGCCAAUGGCCGCUACAAACCAACUUGUUAUGAACAUGCUGCUAACUGUUACACACAUGCAUUCCUCAUUGUCCCGGCCAUCGUGGGCAGCGCCCUCCUCCAUCGGCUGUCUGACGACUGCUGGGAGAAGAUAACAGCAUGGAUCUAUGGCAUGGGCCUCUGUGCCCUCUUCAUCGUCUCCACAGUAUUUCACAUGGUGUCAUGGAAAAAGAGCCACCUAAGGACAGUGGAACAAUGUUUCCACAUGUGUGAUAGAAUGGUUAUCUAUUUCUUCAUUGCUGCGUCUUAUGCGCCAUGGUUAAAUCUCCGUGAACUUGGACCCCUGGCAUCUCAUAUGCGUUGGUUUAUCUGGCUCAUGGCAGCUGGAGGAACCAUUUAUGUAUUUCUCUACCAUGAAAAGUAUAAGUUGGUUGAGCUCCUUUUUUAUCUCACAAUGGGCUUCUCUCCAGCCUUGGUGGUGACAUCAAUGAACAACACGGAGGGGCUUCACGAGCUCGCCUGCGGGGGCCUGAUUUACUGCCUGGGCGUGGUCUUCUUCAAGAGCGAUGGCAUCAUCCCGUUCGCCCAUGCCAUCUGGCACCUGUUUGUGGCCACGGCCGCCGCCGUGCACUACUAUGCCAUCUGGAAGUAUCUUUACCGGAGCCCCACAGACUUCGUGCGCCAUUUAUGACUGUUCUGCACCAGGUGUCCGCACCAGUAUUAUUUCAGCGAUGGCACUUGGGAGAGGGGCAAGAGCUGCCUAUUGCACAGGAGGAGGAAAAAGACAACUGCACUGACUUUCUUUAUAUAGUCUGACUAUAAUUACUGUGAAAGUAUCAAUGCUGUGUUCUGGAGUGUUCCAGGACGAAUCCGUUAAGGUAGUGAACUAAUUAUUCAUUCCAUUCCACUGUCAUGCAGGACUCUGGAUAGACUUGGCCAACUGAUGUUUACAAACCAGAAUUUUGUAUUUCGAUUUUACAGACUUUACUACAUGGGUUUUUCUAAAUCACUAGGUCGGGUUGUGGAAGUCAGUGCAACAGCAAAGCUUCCUUUUGAAGAGAAACUCGUUUCUAUCACUUUCCCAUCAGCUGCGGAAAGAAUCAUGGGCAGAACUUACACUACUUUCGCCAUGUUUUAUCCUGACACAACAUGGUUCUUUUUUAAACAGUAACUUCGUUUUUUUGUACAUUAAAAAAAAAGAAAGAAAAAGUUCCAUGGACACGCAUCUCUGCGGGUCCCCGCCCAUGUGCAUUCUGGCAGCAAGCCGUCCACAUUCCACAGGCAAACCAACAUUGUGCCUCUUCGGAUGGUUUCACGGGGCCGGAGAAAUUGCCAAUUUUUAAAAACCGCAGUUUUCCAGACGUUUUCUGCCAACCCCUGACUCCAAGUUCCGGGCUGCUUUGGGCCACGGCCUUGACUAGUUUGGUUUACUGAUGAUGGAGAAGUAUUUUGAUAUCCAUUAACUUUUUCAAAAGAGGCACCUUUUUCUCUGCGCCUUCGCCCUGUUCCCUUCAGGGUGCUCCUCUGCCUGUGCUCUGGUGUCGGUGGUUGGCCAUCUGCUGAAACUCCCGUCAGGCGUUACCGUCCACAGUGGUGUUGCCUCUAUGGUGCCCGACAGUGUCAUUGUCACCUAGCUCUAUGUUAUCAGUUUAUGCUCAUUUUUAAACUGUGGAAUUAGAGGCAUAAAUUCACAUUUCUACCUUUCUUCUAUAUUUCCCCAAACACUUGUUUCCGUUUCAGGUAGAAAGUAUUGAAAGCAUGGAUCUGUAGUCCAUGGGUUAUAUCCUGGCUUAGUGCAGUGGUAUUUAAAAUAUUAGCUUUGGUUUUCCCUCAGUGUCUUAUAUUAAGAUUAACACAUUAGCUGCUUCGUUGAUUAAUCUCCUUUUGGUGUUUUAAUGAAUGAGACAGCCUUGCCUUUAGAUCAGGUGCCGACAGUGACUGCUUCCGAGUAACAGGUCUGACCAAUGGAACUGUUGGUUGGAUGACACAUUUAGGCUUGUAUUGAAUUUUUGUACUGACACGGCUUUCAAAGAGUGUUUAUUUUGUGUGUGUGUGUGUGUGUGUUUAGAAUUCUCCAAUUUCGGUGAAUUAUAUGGGGAGGAGGGACAGAAGAACUGAUAUCUUCUGGUGACUCUUACAUAGGCGAGGUCCUCCGUCCUCACCCCACCUGCAUGAAUCUCAACAUCCGGAUUGCCUGCUGUUUUAUUGUGUAUAUUUUACUUUUAAUAUAUUAACUUCUGUGGAUUCAUUUAAAGUUUGCCCAACUGUAACACUGACAAAACCACUAAAAUGUAUGUAAAAACGUGUGCUGUAGACAGAAUAAAAUUGUUACUUGGAUUUGUUCCACCGUGUCUAAGCUAGA